AUGGCUUCACAAAGUAUUAAAAAGUUAGCGGCUGCCAAUACUGAAAUACUUAAUCAAACCCAUUUAAUUGCAGUGGUAUUAAAUUUAAUUGUAAUAGCGAUAUUGGUGGUUUUCAAAAGACCAAAAUCAUUGAUUCCAUACCUGAUAUUUUCUUGUCCUGCUUUCUUAUGUCAGUUUAUUAUAGAACAAUCAGCAAGACCAGUAUAUGCUGAAGAUAAAUUAUCAGGUCAAAGAAAAUUGAUCAAGGCUGGCGAAGAUGUUAAGCAUGAAGGGUUGUACGAAUACAUGUUUGAUACUAUGUAUAUUACAUGGAUUAUUGAUGCAUUGAUGAUUGUAUUGGGUACCAAUAAAGUGUGGUGGUUGUACGCUAUUAUUCCAGGCUUUGCUAUUUUCAAAGUUGUAGGUUUAGUUAAGGGUUUCAAGGGAAGCAGCAAAGCCGAAAAAAAGCCAGAAGAACAAGAAGUUCCUCAAAAGAGUAAGAGACAAGCUAAAAGAGAAGCCAACAAAAACAAGGUGGUUAGAAAUGUUCGUUAA